AUGGCGAAUAAUGGCAUUUUAUGGUGUAUCACCAAACUAAUGGCCAUGAUCAAGGCAUACUACCGCUCCAGCACUGUGCGAGUUCUAGUCCACAACCAACUCUCAGAACCCUUUGCUAUUCGGUCUGGCGUUCGACAAGGCUGUGUCCUGUCGCCCAUCUUCUUUAACUACGUCAUCAACUGGGUUAUCGGGAAGGCCCUACAGGAAAAUGGCGGUAUUGAGCUUGCACCCGACUAUGCCGAGGAUAUCGCGUUACUGGCUUCAUACUUUAGCGAUCUACAGUCUAUGGUGUCCCGGGUGAACGAGGACGCGAAAAUGGUCGGCUUGUCCAUAAACGCAAGGAAGACCAAAUUGUUUUCAUGCUGUGUCCCUGCCCAAGAGAAGGCGCCUCUCGAGAUUAGUGACUGUCAACUUGAAGAAGUCGACAGUCUCAAAUACUUUGGAGCGAGGUUGCUGCCGAAUGGACAGAGUAAGGAUGACAUUGUCUCCCGAAAUUGA